AGAACCAAUCUUCUGCUUGCAGAAGGAAUCAGUCGACCUGAUUUACAUUAGAAACUAUUUUCCCAAAAAUAUUUAAAAGUUUAUUUUUUAAUCCCACACUCUAAAGCCCUAUUUCUUCCUUUAUUCCCCUUGUAAUCCUACAUUGGCAUAUUUUGACGGCAACCGGAGAAAGCCUCACUCUUUUUCUCUAUUUCAGGGACUUGAGAACAUUUUGAAUUGUUGAAUUGGCGGCAUGGCUUCUUCUUCAUUGUUUUCUACUUGCACUCUUGACAAGGGUUCUUUUGGUUUUAAAGCAAUAGGCUUCAAGAAAGAGUUAAUGUGCAGUCACCUCUUCAAUAAACUGCCUGCAUAUUCAAGGGUUUUAACUGGGGUGAGAUCAAUGAAAUGGAAUCAAAACCAACAUCUGUCAAGAAAUGCACUCAAGUGCAACGCAUUGGAAUUUGAAAAUUCACUAUCAUUUGCAGUGGGUAAGAAGUUUCAACUUGAUGAUGUAAUUGAAGCUCAACAGUUUGAUAGAGAAGUUUUAAGUUCUAUAUUUGACGUUGCACGGGAGAUGGAGAAGAUUGAAAAGAAAUCACCUGGGAGUCAAAUUCUUAAAGGUUAUCUAAUGGCUACUCUUUUUUAUGAGCCCUCAACUAGAACUAGACUCUCAUUUGAGUCUGCCAUGAAACAUCUUGGUGGUGAAGUUCUGACAACUGAAAAUGCUCGUGAGUUUUCAUCAGCAGCCAAAGGAGAGACACUUGAAGAUACUAUAAGAACUAUAGAAGGCUACUCUGAUAUAAUUGUGAUGCGCCAUUUUGAAAGUGGUGCUGCCAAAAGGGCAGCAGCUACAGCUAGCAUUCCUAUUAUUAAUGCUGGUGAUGGCCCUGGACAACAUCCAACCCAGGCCCUUUUGGAUGUCUAUACCAUAGAAAGAGAAAUAGGGAAAUUGGAUGACAUCAAAGUUGGGCUUGUUGGGGAUCUUGCCAAUGGAAGAACAGUCCGUUCACUUGCCUACUUGCUUGCAAAGUACCAAAAUGUGAAGAUCUACUUUGUCUCUCCUGAUGUAGUGAAAAUGAAGGAUGACAUCAAAGAUUAUUUGACAUCGAAGGGAGUGGAAUGGGAAGAAAGUGCUGACUUAAUGGAAGUGGCGUCUAAGUGUGAUAUAGUGUAUCAAACUCGCAUCCAGAAAGAACGAUUUGGGGAGAGAAUCGAUCUUUAUGAAGAAGCUCGAGGUAAGUAUAUAGUGAAUAAGGAUGUGAUGAAGGUGAUGCAGAAGCAUGCUGUGGUCAUGCAUCCACUUCCAAGGCUUGAUGAGAUUACUGUGGAUGUUGACACUGAUCCAAGGGCUGCCUAUUUUAGACAAGCAAAGAAUGGUCUUUAUAUCCGGAUGGCUCUUCUGAAACUCUUGCUUGUGGGAUGGUGAGUUUGUGGUUAUCUUCAGAUUAAGAUGUUGACAACUAAUCCAGGAACAAGGUUUGUUCGAAAGAAAUUUCAAAAUUUGAGUUUGUUUUAAAGUUCAGUGGACAAUCUGAAAUUUCUUGGAAUUCUUAUGAUUUGGCUUAUAUAAGUCAUAUUACUAUAAACAAUGGAAUAAUUU